AUGACACACGUUUCCAUCGGAAGAUUCAACUUCGAACUCUGUGCAGACCUCUACAAUCGAAUCUUCGAGAUUGGAUGGAAGGGAAGCGGACGAAGCUGGGGCCAACUGCCCACCUGGUGGCAGCAUUUCCAGCCUACAGAUGCAGAAGCCUCGCACUACCACCCAUGGAUGAUCGAAUUCCUGAAACGUGUCUACUAUCGCCCCGACUCCCCGCCGACCUUCUACUACGUUGGUAAUCUGUCAUCGGGGGAAUUUGAUCAAGUCGCAUGCAAAGCCACGUUUGUGACCCAUUGUGAAGAUAACCUCGACCGAAUCAACACGGGUCACGGCUGGAAGCCGCUGGAGGAUAUCUACCGCGCAUAUCUGGCGAUGAUCACGUCCCGCAAAGUGGAAGUCCAGCAAUGGCCCAGCGGUCGAUGGAAGUGGGAGACCGACACCGACCAACUCUGCCACUCUCCUAUCGAGACAAUAGGACCAUGGCGGUUUCAUACGUACACUCCAACGGAUAUUCAGCUGGCUGUCGCGGCCCUGCAAGAACUCUUGGAUGCGAUCGAGGCUCGCUUGCCGCCGUCAGCCACCAGCUUUGCUGAUGCCGCUGCCACUGCUGGCACGAGUGGUAGUAGUACUCUGACAAUGCUCCCCUGGGCAGACCCGAGCGUCCGCGAGGAGGGCCGCAUCCUCCCGAACAGCUUCGCCGGGGCGUUCUGCGACGCCACCGCGACCACCUCCUUCCGGUACUUGGCCCCGGGGAUCCGCCUGCCCACGAUCGCAGAGUUCCGCGCUCAGCCAUUCCGAGACUAUGAGUAUGUACCCUGGUACCUGCGGGAACUGCCUCGUCUCAGACCGAUUCGUCCCACGCUGCGAGUCAGUCUCCCGGUCCCCGCUCGACCGCCGGGGCUAUAUUUAAGCGGUGAUAACCGCGACAACCGCUCCUGGGAGUCGGGAUGCCAUCUGCUCCUGCCUUUCAGCAUUGGGGGACAGGGCUGGGUGCGCCGCAGCGACGACACGAUCCUGGGGAGGGAUUACGCGAACGAUCUCAGUCCGAGGCCAGGCAAGACCAACUCGGAACUGUAUCAGUGCGUCGAGAAUGGAUGUGUUCCCCACCGUCAUGUUCCCAUUCACCAUGUGCUGCGGAACUGGGCGGAGCGGGUGCGGGAGGGGGACUGGGACGUGGAUGAGGACGGGGUGUCGGGGGGGAUUGGGAAGUGGAGGGUGGCGGAUACGGAGGAGAUGUGGGAGAAAUAUCGCGUACCGAUGGAGAUUUAUUAG